UGGCCUCGGCAGCGGCGGCGGUGGGGCAGGAAGCGGGAUGGGUGGUGGAUGUCAGGUCGACGGCACCGGUGGUGGUGUUCGAGAAGCCGCUAAUGGAGCUGACGUUUGCGGAACUGGCGGCGGCCACGUCGGGGUUCGGGGGGAGUCGCUGCUGGCGGAGGGCGGCCGGAGCGGGCCGGCGUACCAUGCGGUGCUCCCUGGGGACAUGCACUUGGUGGUCCGGGUGCUGGAGGCCGCCCGCGAGGUGGACGAGCGGGAGGCGGCCUCCGCCUUCCACGACCUCGCCCGCCUCCGCCAUCCCAACCUUCUUCCCCUCAUCGGCUACUGCAUCGCAGGAAGUGAGAAGCUACUGCUGUACGAGUACAUGGAGAAGGGGGACCUCCACCGGUGGCUCCACGAGCUCCCGGCGGCCUGCCCCGACGUCGAGGACCGGAGUAACGAAACGUGGGAGAUCGACCACGGGGAGGAGAGGAGACCGUCGGCGGCGGCACCGGCAGCGGUGGGGGACUGGCCGACGCGGCAUCGGAUCGCGCUAGGGAUCGCGCGGGGGCUAGCUUUCCUCCACCAGGUGUGGUCCCACUCGCGGCAGGCCAUGGUCCACGGCCACCUCGUCCCGACCAACAUUCUCCUCGACGAGGACCUGGAGCCCCGCGUCGCCGACUUCGGGGUGGCGACCGCGGCGGGCACAGCGGAGGGGGACGUGUACAGCUACGGAGUGGUGGUGAUGGAGCUGGUGACGGGUAGGGCGGGGUGGUCGGACGCGGAGAUCGGGUGGGCUCGGACGCUGGUGAGGGAGGGGCGGGCGGCGGAGGCGGUGGACCCCAGGCUGAGGGAAUGGCCGGAGUGGGAGAAGGAGGCGGUGGAAUGCCUCCGGGUGGGGUAUCUCUGCACCGCCGAGUCGCUGGAGAAGCGGCCCACCAUGCAGCAGGUAGUGGGUCUCAUUAAAGACGUGCGCCCUUUCUCCACCGCCGCUGCCACCUCAUCCUCCUCAUCUUCUUCCCAUUAAAGGAAGCACCAAAUGCAACUCCUUUCCUUUUCUUUUUUUUACUAUUAUUAUUCCUUUUUAAUGUCGCUCGUUGGUCUACCUUUCUUGUUGUUUUGUCAAAAGUGAGGGAAAGAAGGAGAUUUUAAUGUUAUUGGUUAGUCUACCUUUCUUCUUGUUUUGUUAAAAAGAUAGAGAGACAAAGAAGAGAGGGGUGGGGAUAAGGGAUGGGGGCUCAGAGCUGCGACGAGACAUAAUGGUAAAUAGUGCUAAAUGUUUCGAGAUAACAUUGUGAUGUGUAUGAGCUGCAUCCAA